AUGUUUUUUAAGCAUAUAUAGGGGGGGUAUGGUCCCUGAAGGAUUUUUCGGUCGGUUUUAAAAGGCUUGGUUUUUGCCCUUGCUAGGCCCUGCGUUAGUGUCCCACCCACUAACAACAAGAACAGGCGUCAGAGCUAAUGCAGUUUGAGUUGGCGGUGGGAAUCGGUGUUGGGCAUCGGUGUGUCGGCCCUGCUUUAGCUCCUUCCCAUCCGGCGUUUGGUUCUUCCAUUACACCCAGCCAGGUGGAUGAACCAGUCGGUGUGGCUAAAGCAGUCAGUUUUAUGGUGGCUCUAAGUGGGUGGGACGCGAAAACUUUCCGUGAAAGCCUUUUCAAUAUGGUGGGUUCCGCCUUUGUCUGCAAUGGUUUCCUUUGUUCUGUACCCUUUCGGUGGCAUCCUUACCUUCCAACUGCUGAGUUCUGUCGUGUGCCUGCUCGUGUGGGAACCAAAGGGUUGGCAUUCGAUUGACGCCAUGGCACCGCUUGUGGUACACUAUCUGUUGUCUCUUUUCCGGAAAGUUUUGGCCCAUUGGUUGUUGUUGAGUACUUGGGUUUGGUA